UCGGCUUUGCAAAGGAGGGAUUUCGCUGCUGCUGCCGCCGCCGCCGCCGCCGCCCGUCACCAAACCAGGCUGGGAGAGGAGGCAGCGGCAGCUCCAAGCGGACCGGGACCCCCAGCACCAUGCCGGCCCCCGGGGGGCUCGCCCUCCUCCUGAUGCUGCUGCUGCUGCUGCUGGGCAGCCACGCGACGAGGCGCCCCCAAGGUGGGAAUCCUGGGGAGAAGUUAGAUCCAUCUAGACCCUCACCAUUCCAUGCUGAUGGACUCCCAAAUACCACCCUUCUCCGAGAGAACCUGGAGCCCAGGUACAACGCCAUGGAGGGUCUUGUGCCAUCAACAGAUAACAUAUUGGAUUAUCUGACGGAUCGAAGGACCUCGUCUCCAAAGGAAGUCCUCCCAGACCCAACAGCUCCCCCUUCCGCCAACGCGAGACAAAUGCCACUUCCCAAGAAGAAGCCGCCAUCUUCUCCCAAACAAGGAAAUGCAGCCAAGAAACACCAGAGACUCCGAACGACCACAGCGGCAGCCCAGUCCGGCCUCACAAGCUCAGGGCCGAUCGCCACAGAGAAUCUUCACGGCCUGGAGGAGGCCAUGGUCGCUCUGGGUGGGGAAGAGAAACCCACCGUACCCGAGCUGAGCUUGUGGGGGGGCAGAAAAGGCAGCCAUGGAAUAACCAGUCAUUCCCCGCUCCAAAUCUCACCUUUCACCACCCACACGGUGACUCUCCAGACACCUUCUCAAAGUCCAGGGUCAAAAGAAAUACUCGGCAUAGCCCUACAUGGGGAGGAAAUCAGGACUGUGGUCAACAAGAAAGCCAAGAGCAGAGAAGGCGAGGCCGGGAGGAGAUCUUUCUCUCAGGAGAGCCGGGGAACUAUCACUUCCACCAUCAUCACGACCACCGUGAUUACCACCGAGCAAACGCCAAUUCUCUGUGGCGUGAAUUUCUAUGAGCCAGACGGGUACAUCGACUCGACCGAUUACCCUCCGCUGCCUCGCGGUAACUUCCUGGAAUGCACGUACAACGUGACGGUCUACACCGGAUAUGGGGUGGAGCUGCAGGUGAAGAGCGUGAACUUGUCCGAGGGAGAAGUGCUGUCCAUCCGCGGUGUGGACAACGGCCACAUGGUGAUCUUGGCCAACCAGACGCUCUUGGUGGAAGGCCAGGUGAUCCGGAGCCUGACCAACACCAUCUCCGUUUACUUCCGCACCUUCCAGGACGACGUGAUUGGCACCUUCCAACUCCACUAUCAAGUGUUCAUGCUGAGCUGCAGCUUCCCCCGGAGACCGGACUUUGGCGAGGUCACAGUCAUGGGGCUGCAUUCCGGGGGCACGGCCCAUUUCCACUGCCACCUGGGCUACGAGCUGGAGGGCCCCGAGGCCCUGACCUGCACCAACGCCUCCAAGCCCCACUGGAGCAGCCCGGAGCCGCUCUGCUCAGCGCCCUGCGGGGGGACGGUCCACAACGCCACCAUCGGACGCAUCUUGGCGCCGACGUCCCCCCGGAACCACACCGACACCCUGCUUUGCGUGUGGACCAUCAGUGCCCCGGAAGGCCAGAAGCUGCACCUGCACUUUGAGCGGCUGCUGCUGGGCGAGAAGCAAAGGAUGGUCGUCUACAGUGGAGAGACCAACCACUCGGCCGUCCUCUACCACUCCCGCCAGAGCGACAGCGUGCCAUUCGAAGGGGUGAUCAGCGAAGGGUCGGUCCUGCGCGUCGACUUCACCUCGGAGGACCCGGCUGCAGGCCCCACAUUCAACAUCCGCUUUGAAGCUUUCGAGAAAGGUCAUUGCUAUGAGCCAUAUAUCCAGAACGGGAACUUCACUGCCUCUGAUGCCACCUACAACCUUGGGACGAUUGUGGAGUUCACCUGUGACCCUGGCCACUCCCUGGAGCAAGGACCGGCCAUCAUUGAGUGCAUCAAUAUCCGGGACCCCUACUGGAACGACACAGAGCCACUGUGCAGAGCAAUGUGUGGAGGCGAACUCUCCACGGCAGCAGGCGUGAUCCUUUCUCCUAACUGGCCAGAGCCCUACGCCGAGGGGGAAGAUUGUGUCUGGAGGGUUCACGUCGGAGAGGAGAAGCGCAUUUUUCUGGACAUCCAGUUGUUAAACCUGAGCAACAGCGACAUCCUCACCGUCUAUGAUGGAGAUGACCUCAGCACCCACAUCCUGGGGCAGUACCUGGGCAGCAGCGGGCCCCAGAAGCUCUACUCCUCCACGCCAGACUUGACCAUUCAGUUCCACUCGGACCCCGCCGGGCUGAUCUUUGGGAAGGGGCAAGGAUUCAUCAUGAACUACAUUGAAGUGUCGCGGAACGACUCGUGUUCAGACCUGCCGGAAAUCCAGAAUGGCUGGAAGACGACCUCCCACACAGAGCUCGUUCGGGAGGCCAAGAUAACGUACCAGUGCGAUCCGGGGUACGACAUUGUCGGGAGCGACACCCUCACCUGCCAGUGGGACCUCAGCUGGAGCAGCGACCCGCCCUUCUGCGAGAAAAUUAUGUACUGCACAGACCCCGGGGAAGUGGAACAUUCGGCCCGCCUGAUCUCCGACCCGGUGCUGUUGGUCGGCACCACCAUCCAGUACACCUGCAACCCGGGCUUCGUGCUGGAAGGGAGCUCCCUCCUGACCUGCUACAGCCGAGAGACGGGGACGCCCAUCUGGACCUCCCGGCUGCCCCACUGUGUGUCCGAAGAGUCCCUGGCUUGCGACAACCCGGGCUUGCCCGAGAACGGGUACCAGAUCCUGUACAAGCGCCUCUACCUGCCUGGCGAAUCGCUGACCUUCAUGUGCUACGAGGGCUUCGAGCUCAUGGGAGAAGUCACCAUCAAGUGCAUCUUGGGGCAACCGUCCCGCUGGAGCGGGCCACUCCCCGUCUGCAAAGUGAAUCAAGACAGCUUUGAACAUGUUUUGGAAGUAGCAGAAGCAGCUGCAGAGACAUCGCUGGAAGGCGGGAACAUGGCCCUGGCGAUCUUCAUCCCCGUCCUGGUCGUCUCCUUGCUGCUUGGGGGAGCGUACGUCUACAUCACAAGGUGCCGAUACUAUUCCAGCCUCCGCCUGCCCCUGAUGUACUCUCAUCCGUACAGUCAGAUCACAGUGGAGACAGAGUUUGACAACCCCAUUUACGAGACAGGGGAAACACGAGAAUACGAAGUGUCCAUAUAAAGUCAGCCACGUGGGACCCUUUGCAGACACACUCUCGAUAUUCUCCCCCAGAACUUCCUCAAGUGACAAAUUUGGACGCUCGGCGGAGUUUGGAUUGGGAACUUGAACCUGGCGUCGUUCCUUUUCUUCUUGCUUUCAGUUGAAGAUGUGCCCAUCUCUUCUCUGCCGUGAAUUCUGCUCCAGUUUUGCUCCGAGUAUCACAGGAGGGCGCUUCUCUCGAGGCUUUCUGGCUGUGAAGCUAAGCCCUGCUCAGCGCUGCGGCCGCUUGUACAGCUACGUCAGAAGGAGCCCUGUUGGUUCUUCCUUUGUGUUUGUUUUAUUUUUCAAAUGUCGCUGGGAAAGGAAGCUGCCGCUGGCCAUCAAACAGACCUUGGAUUACCGAUCAGGCCUGGCAGGUUCCAACGUCUUUUUUUCACCAUAUUGACAGAGGAUGUCUUUCUGUUGGCAGCUAAUGCCCUGCUCUCUUGCUGGACUUGAACUCGGUGCUCUGUGCGCCUCUCUUUGAACUGCAGCAGUGGGACAGUAGUGCCGACCGAGAGAGGAGUUUGGAAAGUGAUUGGGGAGCAACCCUGGCCAAACCAGUGGGGGAAACCUUUGCAGUUUUCCUGCCCCAUUGGUCCUGAAUAAUGGAUGUUGACCUGUGCAACCAGCCAAGGGAUGAGGGGAAAGAAUUGCAGCGAAUGUCAUCUCUAGAAGAUGGAGAUCAGAGUUUGCAUGUCUUCAACUCCCAUCUGGUCAAUAUUUUAAAAAGAAGUGUGGCCACCACCUGGAAUCUCUUGCAUCUUUCCCUGUAGAUCGUCUUUUGCAUCUUUCCCUGUAGAUCAGGCUCCUAGAACAAGUAGAAGAGUCGAGGCUUUGAGGCUGAUGGUGUCGGAUAUCUGUGGUUCUAGGAAAGGUGUCGAGGUGUGUUUGUGUGUGGGGACUGGCAGCUUCCUAGCCUGGAGGCAAAGAACACGUCCUGCCCAUCCUUCUUGUCUCCCAAUUGCGAGGAAGGAAUACAAGAAGCCCUGGGCUCUUCAGAGUCUAAGCAACCAGCCUGCCGCACCUGAGGCUCAUGGGCCAAGGCAAAAUAACUGCACCCACACAAGGCGCUAUCCAUGUGCGCUUGCAAAGUUCCCAUUCAGCCCAGUUCGCACUGGAUAACCUCCUGGUGGGUUGAACUCGGCCUCACAGCCCUAAAUCAGGAUUUGCACUGUAGAACUCAGCUCACCUGGUCAAGAGGAGAACCCAGUCCAUGAGUCCUUUCUGUAGCCCACAUGCAAACUUCAACUGGCUCACCGGCAAAAUGCAUCCCCCAGCAUCUCCCUCUCUUCCUCCGUCCCUACUGGAAUGCCUGCCGUUCAGAGUCAGGCCUUCUCUGCUUCGAGGACGUAGCAGAUUUGGAAAGAGAAGGAUCGCCCCCAACCCACGUUCUUUCCCCAGGAACACAAAAAAAACUUCCCCCAAAGACAUGCUGUCUGCUCUGGUGAAAAGAUCUGUCCUUUUUCCCAACCCGCAUCCCAGUCAAACCGUUCCUGAGCCGUCAGCGGAUAUGUGGACAAAGUGGAGGGCUGGAUAAAUGGCUGGCGACGCCUCCGUUAACCCCUCUCCCUGUCUUUGUAAAAAUGGUGGAAUUGUAACCAUGACAGUGUUUUUCUAAACGUCUGUUUUAGUUUAGAGGCAAAGUUAGUGCAUCUCUGCGGUUGUCAAGAGUAAAAGCGUUUGGGUCUAUUUAUUUAUUUAUUUCCCUUUUGAAAAUGCAGGAACAAAAUGGGAAGUGUCUUUGUAAUAGUAACACACACACACACACCCAACCGGAAGGGGAAGCAGAGAAAAUGCCAAAAUAAUGUACCCGCCCUUCUGUCGUUGUCCUUACAGAUCUCUUUUUAUAAGAUUGAUGGAUUAAAGAUUUUUGAACACGGUAA